AUGGACGCUGACUUGGAUAUCGACCGAACUGGUCUGGUCCCGAAUCACGGUGGCCCCAACGUUCUGCCCGCCUUCGCUCUCUUCUCAAGGUUACUCAGAUUCGCCAGCCGGCAUAAUAGGAUUGCUAUCACAGAUGGGACCACCGGAUACCAUGCCUCACAUAUUCAAUUGCUGACGGAUAUCCUCCACCUCCGCAAUGUGCUUGAAGAAUCACUCCAUCCACAGGUGUUUUCGAGGCUCCAGAUCCAACAUGAAGGGCCAGGACAGGAGGUGUUUGUCAAUAUCAUCGCGUCUGCAGGCUACGAGUUUGCAGUGGCCAUGCUCGCGGUUCUGGCAGCUGGCGCCGUACCAGUCCCAUUAGCAAUCCAGUCACUGACCAUGGACACUUUGCGCCUUCUAGCCCCUGGUGUUCCCCUUCAAGAAGCUUGCUAUUUUGCCAACAAGUCCCGGGCCGAUGCCGUUCUGGCCUCGUCGACUUCGCUGCAGACCGGGAGAUCCUUGGAGGAAGCGAUCAACCAAACCACCAAUGCGAACUUCAAAUGCAUUGAGAUCGAGCCACAUAUUUACCAGAAGCCACUUCAACCGACCGACAUUGUCAUUUCGUCGAACCUCGCUCUCGACCUCAAUGGUGCCGGUCUCGUCAUCUUUACCUCCGGGACAACAGGUCCCCCCAAAGGCGUGGUGAUGCGUCGGUCAAAUUUCAUCGACUCUGCAGAUGAAAUCGCCGAUCAUUACGGCUUGGGGCUUGACGACGCUGUGCUUCACCUGAUGCCUGUUCACCAUGCAGCUGGAAUUGGGCUGUCCUUCUCUCCAUUCCUGUAUGCUGGAGCUCGCGUGGAAUUCCGGUCGGGCAGUUUCAACCCGGCACAGUUGUGGCAACGAUGGAGAGAGGGCGGGUUGACCUUCUUCACCGGCGUACCUACCAUGUACGCCCGCCUGAUGCAGUACUUUGAAACGCACCUGAGUAAGCUUCCAAGUGCGCAGCUCAAUGAGUACCUGACCGGUUUGCGGAGUAUGAGAGGCCUCCUUUGUGGCACCUCAGCCUUGCCAUUGCCACUACAGGAGAAGUGGGUUAAAUUGACAGGCGGCAUGAGGUUGUUGACGAGGUAUGGAGCCACGGAGUUUGGGCCGGUCUUCAAGAUGCCAUGCACGGCGUCAGAUGCUCCAAUGGACUCGGUCGGAACACUCACACCCGGCGUCGAGGUAAAACUCUCUGAAGGCGAUGAAGGAGAAAUCCUCGCUAGAACUCCGUUCAUGUUCUCGAGAUACCUGUUCGACCCAGUGGCAACGGCAAAUGCCCACGACGCCGAUGGGUAUUUCAAAACAGGAGACAUUGCCCGGAAGGUCGGGCCUUAUUAUUUCAUUCUUGGGCGGCAGUCGACUGAUAUCAUCAAAUCCGGAGGGUACAAGAUUUCGACCUUGGAUGUGGAACGCGAACUGCUUUCUCUGAACUACAUCGGCGAGGCUAUGGUGGUAGGCGUCGACGAUGCCGAGUUUGGACAGCGAACCGCAGCUGUGGUCACUCUGAAUCAGAACUGGCCGGAUCCCUCCAAACAACUGACCCUUGAGAAAAUCCGUCGCGACUUACGGGAUCGACUGUCAUCGUACAAACUUCCAACCCUGCUCCGAGUCGUUCACGAUCUUCCCAAGACCGCAACCGGAAAAGUGUCCAAGAAGAUAUUGGGACCUCAGUUGUUUCCCAAGAACGGGCACAGAGACAUACAGAUCUGGAGCAGUGCGAAGCCUGCGCUCGCGUCGAAACUAUAG